UUUCAAGAUGGUGGCGGUGAUGGCUGUAACAUAAACGCAGAAAGAGGUCAAAAUUUCUUCUGUUCUGGUGUCAGUGAAAAGAGAAAGUGCAUUUUUUAAAAGCGUUUUUAUAAUUUACGAAUUUGGAAGUCUGUCAGCAGGUUAGACUCAGCCUGCUCAGUAUGGCUUUUCUUGGGAAUCUGAGGCCGAUGCUGUCUUCAGUCUUGCAAGCUUCCCAAUGUGUGUUCCCCUGGUCAAGACCUCUAUUAACCAGGACCAUGGCUACACUCAAUCAGAUGCAUCGCAAAGGCAAACCAUCCCCACCGCCCAAAAAGCUCGGUGCCACAUUCGGUCGACCGCAGUUGAAGGCUGUAGUUCUGAAGACCAUGAUCAGGAAGCCUAAAAAGCCCAACUCGGCCAACCGCAAAUGUGCACGGGUUCGUCUCUCCAAUGGGAAAGAGGCAGUGGUGUUUAUCCCUGGUGAAGGACACAAUCUCCAGGAGCACAAUGUUGUGUUGGUGCAAGGAGGUAGGACGCAGGAUUUGCCAGGCGUCAAGCUCACAGUAGUCAGGGGUAAAUAUGACUGUGCCCAUGUCGUGAAGAAGAAACAGUAAUCCCUGGAAGCCGAUUGAGACUGCCAAAUGAGGUUUUGGUUCUUUUUUUUUUCUUCCAAAGAAUUGUUGAUUUAUUGUAUGUAUUUACAAUAACGGGGCAUCUCUAUUCUUGACAUUCAAUUUUGGGUGUAUAAAUGUUCUUACUGUCACGGUUACAACAGAAUAAACCUGCUCAGAACUGAG